UUAACAUGGUGCUUUUCCCCAGAAAGAAGAGAACCAGCUUCGUGGGACGAGUUAAUCCUGAAGUUACCUCGAUAAGUGCAAAUCCCGCUUCGUAGUAGGGCCUAGCCCAAAGUUGAUGACAGAAAGAAUAGUUGACAAUCUUACACAAUCAAAAAAUAGCUGCGAUCAUGUCCUCAGUUCUGCAGAAGCUCAUCAGCCCUCAGGCCAGCGGCCCCGCUGAGCCGCCCAGGAACAAGGUGACGGUGGUCGGGGUGGGCCAGGUGGGAAUGGCCUGCGCAGUCAGCAUCCUGCUACGGGACCUGUGUGAUGAGCUGGCUCUCGUGGAUGUGAUGGAGGAUCGUCUGAAAGGGGAGAUGAUGGACCUGCAGCACGGCAGCCUCUUCCUCAAGACCUCCAAGAUAGUCGCAGACAAAGACUAUGCAGUGACUGCCAACUCCCGCCUGGUCGUGGUGACGGCCGGCGUUCGCCAGCAGGAAGGCGAGAGCCGCCUCAACCUGGUGCAGAGGAACGUCAACGUCUUCAAGUCCAUCAUCCCCCAGAUCGUCAAGCACAGCCCCAACUGCACGCUCAUCGUUGUCUCCAACCCUGUUGAUGUUCUCACCUAUGUCACCUGGAAGCUGAGUGGGCUGCCCAAGCACCGAGUUAUUGGCAGCGGCACCAACCUGGACUCAGCCCGCUUCCGUUACCUGAUGGCCGAACGCCUCGGUAUCCACGCAAGCUCCUUCAACGGCUGGGUGCUGGGCGAACACGGAGACACGAGUGUGCCUGUGUGGAGUGGCGCAAACGUGGCUGGAGUCAACCUGCAGAAGCUGAAUCCUGAGAUCGGCACAGAUGCUGAUAAAGAACAGUGGAAGGCCACGCACAAGGCUGUGGUGGACAGCGCCUAUGAAGUGAUCAAGUUGAAGGGUUACACCAACUGGGCCAUCGGCCUGAGCGUGGCCGACCUGACUGAGAGCAUUAUCAAGAACAUGAGCCGAGUGCACCCUGUCUCCACCAUGGUCAAGGACAUGUACGGCAUCGGCGACGAGGUCUUCCUGUCGCUGCCCUGCGUGCUGAACAGCACUGGCGUGAGCAGCGUCGUCAACAUGACCCUGACGGACGGUGAGGUGGCCCAGCUAAGGAAGAGCGCCGACACACUGUGGGGCAUCCAGAAGGACCUCCAGGACGUUUAAACAUGCCUGCACAUGUAGUACUCAAUCUCUGGUGCUGAGGCCAGCCGAAACGCACACACUCCGUUGAAUAAUGUCCCUCUGCCCCUCUUAGACUGUGUUGCUCUUAUUUCAAAGGAUAAUAUCAGUGUUUUUAAUAAAAGAAAACUGGGCCAUUGGGCCUGAUAUGAUAUGAUCUCAUAUCACCUGACACCUGCAAGUCUAAAAACACAAAAAAAUAGCACAUUUGCUCCCAAACGGCUUUUAUUUGGUGUUUGUAUGUUGAUGUUAGGAGAUGUAAGCGGACUUCUGUCUUGUGCUCUGAAUGGAUUCUUUUGUUUCAGCUGCUUUAGACCAGGAUCAAGCACAACCCUCAUUAGUGCCCCAGUCCUCUUCCUCUUCCGUUGCUUAAUUGUUCAGAGAAAGACCCUACAAGUUCAAAAGCACUCUUCUUCCUGUCGCCUUCGCCUGAAACUGGUAAAAGUGGAGGAGCAGACAGGCGACUGCACACUUAGCUCAUUGUGGAUCUGAAGCUUUUAUUCCCCUCUUGUUGGUAGCAAGAAAAUUCUGAACAUAAUUUUCUGACUGUCUGACCUUGUGUGUUGGAAACUUCAACAUGUAACUUAAUAAAGCAAACCGCAUGAAAAGUC